GAGGAAGGGUAAAAAGAGCGAAAUAGUAGAAUAGAAUAAAAGUCAUAUUAUUCGAGGAUGCUGAUUGCCUCCUGGUAUGUGUUUCUUUUACGGCUGACCAUCGUCGGUGUUUGCUAUGCGAAACAAGAUAAGGACAGCGGCGCUCAGAGAGAGUGCAAGCUCGAUGGCCUUCAUCCGCUCAUCAUUAUCACCUAUAGAAAUAUUACCAUAUCAGCGGAUAAGAUAACGGUGCCCCAUGGUGAGCGCGUGACUGCGAGAUGUCGCGAGCUGGGCAGAUACAAGCUCAUGGGGGAUCCACUUCUGCAAUGUCGUAACGGAGCUUGGAACGGAAAGCCCCCGUCGUGCAUACCGACUACCGCCAUCUCUAAUUACACCGGAAAUGUGCCACCAACGAUCAUGUUCGGUCUGCCGCGUGGUUCUGCUGCGAUCGAACCUUCCGGUGCACUAGCCGUAUUUCCUGGCAGUAUCCUUCAUCUCGAGUGCCUAUUUGCACGACGUCUUGGCAAUCCUGAAUGGACAUGGACAUCAACCUUCAGACAAUAUCUCACAGGUUGGGCGAUCGCAGCUACGGAGAGAGAUUGGAAGUACAGGCUCUCGAUAUACUAUGCCAAGAUACAGGAUUCCGGGAUAUAUACGUGUUCGACACCUCGCGGUCUCGCGAAUUCGAUUCGGGUUCACGUUGUAGACGUUCAUUGUCCAACGAUUCGCCCGGGGGUAGCUCCUUUGAUUGCGAGAAUCGAAGGAACCCGAAUGGGUCAAAACGCCGAUUUCGAGUGCUCAGCCGGGUACAGACUCGAGGGAUUACGCUCGAUUACCUGCCAGUACAACGGAAAAUGGUCGGGGGAAGUGCCGCGUUGCGAACCCAUAUUGUGUCCUCCGUUGGAGCCGGCAAACGCCAAAUUACAAUUUCUCGAGCACAACAAUACGGUUGGGGGACAAGCGGUGUUUGCGUGUUUAUGGGGAAACGUUCUCACAGGAGCACGGACUAUUCGAUGCAAAGGCGAUGGAACGUGGAACGGUUCGAUGCCUACGUGCAAGGAAAUAACCUGUCCCGUACCUGCGAUACCGAAAAACGGUAAAAUUGUGGAGAAUGAAAGAAUCGCAGGUAACAAGAGGAGAAACAAAGUCCACAAGGCUGGAACUCUGGUGAGAUUCUCUUGUCAGCCGGGACAUCAGCUGAUUGGCGAGGCAUCGAUCAUAUGCACGGAAAAUAGUACUUGGUCGCAUCGGUCACCCUUGUGUGAGGUGCGAUGUCCGUAUCCGGGUGAUCCGCCCCAUGGUAAAAUAGUGCCAUUGAAAUUUUGGUACAAGCCGGGGGAUAAUAUUCAGGUGGAAUGUUCUCCGGGAUAUGUGACCCCCCUAGAGCCAGUGAGAAAGCCGACCUGUCGAGAAAACGGAAUCUGGAACGCGCCACCACCACCCUGUCGUUCUUACAGAGACGUUUGAUGAGAGAAAAGGUAGCGAAGGAGGAGAAGCAAGGCGAUAAGUCGCGAUUCGACGCGACCAAAAGAUUUUUUUAAAGGAAAACAAAACAACAUCAACAACAACGAAUAAAAACGAACAAGUGGGGUGAAAGGGAAAAAGAGAGACACCGAAUCAUGCGUCGACCAAACGAAAACGCGAAAAGGAACGCGAGUGUUGGAAAAGUUAGGAAACACGCGUUCGAAAACAAGAUACAUAUAAAGAUCGUGUCACCGGCACUAAAAUCGUUGAUAGUCGAGUGUUAUCCAACUAUAUGAAUAAAAUGUUUUGACAAACAGAAGAGAAAGAAGAAAGCUCGUGGAAAUACUCAUCGAUCGUGCGUGUACGAAUCGUUACGCCAGGAACGCAGCGGGCGGUCGAAACAGCUAACAACAAGCUCGACGGCAUGCACCGAUAAUCAAGCCGGUCCAUCAUGAUCAAUACGCGAAUCCGUAUCAACGACGAACGAUCCCAUGUUCCGCUGUAUAUAAAAGAAAGAGUUUACGAAAAAAAAAAAAAAAACGAAACUCUCCGUUAUUUCGGAUCGAUCCAGAGGGGUACGAAGCUCCGAUCAUUUUCAACCGCACGCGUAUGCUUAUCUUGGAGGCUCGCGCAAUAACGCGGACGGGGAGCAUCUAUGAAAUUGAAAUAAAAUACGAGAUGAAAAAACGAAUAUAGAAAAAAUAGCUCGACACGCCGGUGCGCAGGGGCUGAGUACACCGGACGGGACUGUAAUUACGUUUGUAGCGGUGCGAGAGGUACAAGUAUAGCGAAACGACCGCAAACGAUAACGCAGCGAGGAAAAAGCUCGUGUACCGGUAGUUACGAGAGAGAGAGAGAGAGAGAGAGAGAGAGAGAGAGAGAGAGAGAGAGAGCGGCUAAAAGAGGACCACUUUUUCCAAGUUGUCUCGUUUAUUUUUCUCGUUGGCAUCCCAACUUGACACGCAACCGGGUACACGCCUCUUUUAUUUAUUUCAUUUACCCUUUUUUGGACUUUCCUGCUGUCUUUCACUCUCCCUCCAUUCUGCUGGUUGUCUAACUUUUUGUGCCUCGCUCGAUUUCGACGCGCGUUUCGGCUGAAGCGCUUGUGCGCGUUUGAGUAAACUGCCCGCGAAUACUGCUCAAAAGCUUUGUUCGCGAAACACGUAUUUUUUCUGUGUCUGGCGGAGCCAUUAACGUGGUAAGGGAAACAAGAAAAAGAACCUAGUGGCACGAAAAUAAAUAAGAAGCAUCGACGGGAGAGAGGGGAUUCGACUCAAGGAUCGAACUUACUUCAUAUCGAACGGAGGAUAGUAGAGGGGCGUGUUGAGUUCGCGCGUAAACCAAAUCGGAGAAACUAACGAAACGAGGGUGGCACACGUACAAAAAAAACCUUCAGCAGUCUCUUCUUUUUCAUCGUCUACCUCGGUACUUCUCUAUUUAUUCCUAUUUCUCGCGUUCUCGACAUUGUCGAGUUUGUCUACCCUCCUCCCGCAAGCGCUCCUACUCCUUAUUUUCUUAGUUGAGUCUUUAUUAUUUUUAUUAAAUAUUUAUUUAUCUCUACCGCUAUUCUCGCAUUAAUGUACUAUACUAUUUUUCCCUUGCCCCUUAUUAUUCACGAACCGAGAGACGCGGCUACUAACAUAUUUUACUCCCAUGCAGAGUUUUCGCACUAACGCGCUUUGUCCGUUCUUGCUCCCCCUAUGCUCUCAUAACGUAUACCUAUAUACAUUUAUAGGGACAAUAAUAGCGCGAGGAUGAAAAUGCUCGCUGCUCUUGCUGUGAGCGAGAGGUAUUAUAAUUAAGCCUCCUCUGCUAUAUUAUCCUUCGCCUUCCGUACCUUUCUUGCGCUUCCUACUUACAAACGCGCAGUUGAUUAUUAUCGAACUACUGGUAUACCGUGUACUAUAUAUAGCAAUUGAACCACGAGCCCGAGAACGUGCUCUUUUUUUCUCCACAUUCUUUUUCCCGUCUCGCUGUCGCGAGGCUCGCCAGUUUCUAUUUCUACUUCGACGGGCUACCCCCCCCCCCCCCCCCUCCUUCACCUUCUUACAACUUACUUCGUUCUUCCUCUGCAUGAUCAUCCUGGCAUGCGACGUAUCACGGUUCAUCGAAUUUCUAUGAUUCGAUCCCGCCUCUGUCCUGCUACGGGCACACCUUAUCAAAAUGAAUAAAUAAUCCUCAGUAAUGUUAAAUGCUCGAGAACGAUUAAUUGCAUAUAUUCGAGUAUGAAAACCAGCGAUGGGUGCGUCACGUUUCGGCGCGGUCGUUUAGGCACGAGACGUUUCAUCAAAGACGUUACAGAUCACAAAUAUUUUUUAAAAAAAUUUUUUGAAAAUUCCUCCGAAUUCGGUAAAUACUAUUUUUCAAUAAUAUAAAAAAAUGAAUUGGAAGAACUGAAGGUUUACGGAAAAUUCUUUGGAACACUUUCGAUGUGCGUGUGCAGAAUUGUUGGGUGGAUUUGGAGUACUUUCGAUAUGUGUGCGGAAUCGUUGGGUAGGUUUUUUUCUUGUAAAAAGAAUCAUCGUAAAAAAAUAAAAAUUCGAUUUAUUCGAUUUUUCUCGCGUCUAAACGUUCUUACGUGAAAACGUCGCCGAAACGGUCGCGCCGCAACGGCCGCGCCGAAUCGUCCUGCUUCGUCCAGCGAUAUAUCUAUCUUGUAAAACGACAAAAGCCCUAUUUUAUUUAAUACCGCAAAGUGCCGCUCGCCGUGCAUACAUGAAAAUCUCUGCGCAGACUCGGAAUGCUCGUGAUUCGCGGGAAAUGAAACGAGAUUGAAUAUGAACGUUGGAAAGAGAUCACAUAUAAUACGAGAAGGAAUGUCGUUAGCGCGCGUUGUAUAUGCCCGGUACGUUGCAUCGGUAUAGACCUCGGAUUAUCGCCGCAGAUUCAACCGAGGAAGAAGAAGAAUAAGCACCAAGGGGCGGGAGGUUCCGCGGUGUCUUCCGAAGCUUCUCCAUAGCAAAUACGAUUUAGCCGGUUCAACUUGGUUGGUAAACACGUAUACACCAACGUCGUGCCACUUCGUUGCGUCGAGUUUGUCACCGAUAUUUCUCUCUCUUUCUUGCUCCUCAUCCCCCCGCCUCUACCCUAUCUAUUUCUCCAUCUCGGCGUGUAACUUCAUGUUCAAAACUCGUAGUUGUAUAAAUUGAAGUUUCGUCUGAACAAAUGUAUAGUUUAUUCUACGUUUCGGAGUUAAAUCGAUGUAGAGUCGAGGGAUUAUAAGGGAACCAAGGUGGGGGAAAGAGAGAGAGAGAGAGAGAGAGAGAGCGAAACCAAGUUUAGAGAUCACUUAAAGUUCGGAUAAUGUGAAACUUGACUAACCCGCACGAAUCCUCCGACAUAAUUAAUUCUAGGAGUGCACAACACACAUGAAUCGCGAAGAUUCAAGAGAAUAUUAAUACCGAGUAUUAAAUUUGUUUCAUCAAAAAUGAAAAGAAAUUUGUUACGAUCCAUCCGGCGGUUUAACCUCUAAUAUGAAUUCGAGAAUUUUUUUUAUUUGUUAUACAGCGAAAAUUUCAAACUCAUCUUGGGGUCAAUAAGUAUUUUACACGCGGUUAUUCUUUUCGUACUGCUCGUACAUAUACGCAUACGCGCAAAAACACGCACACACACGCGCGCGCGCGCGUCAAGCAUACACAUUGUACGUAAACAUAUAUUGAACGUAUAUAUUAAGAAUAAGAAUAAAGAUGAGCCGAAGGUGGUGGUACUCUGUUAUAAUAAAAGUACUGUUUAUUCUUCAAAGAAAAAAA